AUGGCACACAAACAUUCUCUUGAGGCGUUGAACAGAACACUCAAAGGUGAUUUCAGACAAAUACUUCCAGUCAUUCCACGUUCAACGUACGCUGAUGAGAUCAACGCUUGCUUGAAAUCAUCGUCACUGUGGAGUAAUGUUAAAAAAGUCCAGCUAAAUAUAAACAUGCGCGUCCAAAUGCUAGAAGAUCCAUCCGCUGAGACAUUCUCGAACCAAUUGUUAGAUAUUGGCGAUGGAAAAGUUGCUGUUUAUGAAAGUACUGGAUGCAUAAAAUUGCCAACUAAUUUCUGCGCAAUUGUUGAUUCCCAAAAUACUCUCAUUAACAGCAUAUUUCCCGAUGUACGCACAGAAUAUAUAAAUCAUGCGUGGCUGGCAGAAAGAGCCAUUUUGGCAGCAAAAAAUGUGGGCGUCCACGAUUUAAACUUCAAGAUACAGCAGUCAUUGCCAGGCGACUUCGUAUCAUACAAAUCGAUCGAUACAGUUUGCGAUGCCAACGAAGCUGUAAAUUAUCCAACAGAGUUUUUUAACUCAUUGGAUUUGCCAGGCAUGUCACCACACCUUCUACGACUGAAAGUUGGAUCUCCGAACAACGUUCGCGGCGCCCAUUUAGGCUGUCGAACGAAUAAAGCAACAAACAUGCGAAAUAGUAGAGCAGAAAGAACAGACGAACAAAUCCAACAAGAUAACGAAAUUAUGCGUGUGAGCAUGUCGCAAUUGCGUGCAUCUCAAUCACAAGAGGCACGAGCUGAACGAAAUCAACAACGACAAUUGGAACGGAGACAAGCGCGUCAAAUGACCGACAACGCCAACAAGUACAUCGAGAAUUUACAUCCGCUUCGUCCCUUCGUCUCGCAUUCGA